AUUCACUCCAAACGUUUGUUGACGGUAUCGUCGUUGUCUUACGUUUAUUCGUAUUUCAUACCACUGUUGUAAACUACCGCUCUAUUAUUUUCGUCAUUACAAAGAGGAAAUUUUAUAUUCUUUACACUUCAUUAAAUAAUAUUAAAAUUCUAUCCAACACUUAUUAAUAAUAUACAUAUAGUUAACAAAUUAUGGAUCCAUCAGAUCCAGAUUUCAAGUUUUUGGGUGUUGAUCGAAAGGCUCUGUUGAAAGAAUUAGCCAACUUUGACAGCAAAAAUGUUAUAUGGGUUGAAGAUGAAAAAGAAGGUUAUGUAUUAGCAGAUAUUAAGGAUACAAGUGGUGAUACUAUUACAGUAUCCCUUAAAGAUGGAAGUGAAAGGAAAGUGAAAAAAGAUGAUGCUCAACAGGUUAAUCCACCGAAAUUCUUCUUGAUUGAAGACAUGGCUAAUUUAACUCAUUUGAAUGAUGCUUCUGUGUUAGAAAAUUUGCGUGCUCGUUAUUACAGACAGUUGAUUUAUACUUAUUCAGGAUUGUUUUGUGUAGCAGUCAAUCCUUACAAACGCUUCCCAAUUUAUACUCAGGAAGUUGCAUUGAAGUAUAAAGGAAAGAGAAGGGGUGAAAUGCCACCGCAUAUCUUUUCAAUUUCUGACAAUGCAUAUCACAAUAUGUUACAAGAUCGUGAAAAUCAAUCUAUCUUGAUUACUGGAGAAAGUGGAGCUGGUAAAACAGAAAACACGAAGAAAGUCAUUUCUUAUUUCGCUGUUGUUGCAGCUGCAUCAAAGAAAGAGGAUGACGAGAGUACCAAAAAGGGAACACUUGAAGAUCAAAUUGUACAGGCCAAUCCAGUUCUAGAGGCAUAUGGUAAUGCUAAAACAACAAGAAAUAACAAUUCAUCUCGAUUUGGAAAAUUCAUCCGUAUUCACUUUGGAACAACUGGAAAAAUUGCUGGAGCUGAUAUUGAACAUUAUUUACUUGAAAAAUCACGUGUUGUAUCUCAAAUGAAAGGAGAACGUAAUUACCACAUUUUCUACCAAUUACUAUCCAGUUAUGGUUCAAAAUAUCAUGAUAAAUUGUUAGUACAAGCAGAUCCUGCUUUAUACAGUUUCAUCAAUCAAGGUGAAUUAACUAUUGACGGUGUCGAUGAUAGUGAGGAAAUGAGACUGUGUGAUGAAGCCAUUGAAAUUCUAGGAUUUGGUGAUGAUGAAAAAUUGUCAUUAUACAAAUGCACAACAUCGAUCUGUAAUAUGGGUGAAAUGAAAUUUAAACAAAGACCUAGAGAAGAACAGGCUGAAGCUGAUGGAACUGCUGAAGCUGAAAAGGUCGCUUUUCUCCUGGGCGUUAACGCUAAAGAUUUGCUAACUUCAUUCUUGAAACCGAAAGUCAAAGUCGGCACAGAAUUUGUAACUAAAGGCCAGAAUUUAAACCAGGUCACAUAUGCAGUCAGUGCUUUGGCUAAAUCACUUUAUAAUCGUUUAUUCGGUUGGUUAGUCGCUCGUGUAAACAAAACUUUGGAUACAAAAGUGAAACGUCAGUUUUUCAUUGGUGUGCUAGAUAUUGCUGGUUUCGAAAUUUUCACUGAAAAUGGUUUUGAACAAAUCUGUAUUAAUUAUACUAAUGAACGUUUACAACAAUUCUUUAAUCAUCAUAUGUUCGUCUUGGAACAAGAAGAAUACAAACGUGAAAAAAUUCAAUGGACAUUCAUUGACUUCGGUAUGGAUUUACAAGCUUGUAUAGAUUUAAUUGAAAAGCCUAUGGGUAUUUUAUCCAUUCUGGAAGAAGAAUGCAUCGUCCCCAAAGCUAGUGAUCAAACUUUCUUAUCGAAAUUAUAUGACAAUCACUUAGGCAAAAGUCCCAAUUUCACUAAACCUAAACCUCCGAAACCUGGUCAUCCAGAAGCUCACUUUGAAUUGCAUCAUUAUGCUGGAUCUGUGCCAUAUACUAUAACAGGCUGGCUGGAAAAGAACAAAGAUCCACUUAAUGACAGCGUAGUUGGACUUUUGGGUGGCAGCAAAGAUAGUUUAGUGUCUAACUUAUUUACUCCAGUUGUCGGUGAACCGGGUAAAAAGACGAAAGGUGGCUCUUUCUUGACAGUGUCCUACAUGCACAGGGAAUCAUUGAACAAACUGAUGAAAAAUCUACAAAGUACCAGUCCAUCAUUUAUUCGUUGUAUUGUCCCGAAUGAAUUUAAACAACCGGGUGUUAUUGAUGCUCACUUGGUUCUUCAUCAGUUACAUUGUAACGGUGUACUUGAAGGCAUUCGUAUCUGUCGUAAAGGCUUCCCUAAUCGUAUGAUCUAUUCUGAAUUCAAACAACGCUAUUCAAUUUUGGCCCCGAAUGUUAUACCUGAUGGAUUUGUUGAUGGUCGUCAAGUUACUGAGAAAUUAUUAGAAGCUACACAAUUAGAUAAAAGUCUUUAUCAAUGCGGCAAUACAAAAGUGUUCUUCAAAGCUGGUACGCUUGCUAGUUUAGAAGAUAUGCGCGAUGAGAAAUUGAAUGGUAUAAUUAGUCUAUUCCAAGCCGAAAUUCGUGGUUAUUUGAUGCGGAAACAAUAUAAAAAACUACAGGACCAACGAGUUGCACUAACAUUGAUGCAACGUAAUAUACGUAGAUAUUUAAUAUUGCGUAAUUGGCCAUGGUGGAGACUUUAUACUAAAGUAAAGCCUAUGUUAAAUAUCGCACGUCAAGAAGAAGAAAUGAAGAAAGCUGCAGAGGAAUUAGCUAAACUAAAGGAAGAAUUCGAAAAGCUAGAAAAAUUGAAGAAAGAAUUAGAAGAACAAAAUGUUACUGUUUUGCAACAAAAGAAUGAUUUAUUCUUACAAUUACAAACAGAACAGGAUAGUUUAGCUGAUGCUGAAGAGAAAAUCUCUAAAUUAGUCUUACAACGUGGUGAUAUGGAACAACGUAUCAAAGAAUUAGAAGAACGCUUAGCUGAUGAAGAAGAUCAAGCUGCAAACUUAUCAGAAGUGAAAAAGAAAAUGAGCGCUGAAAUCGAAGAAUUGAAAAAAGAUGUCGAAGACUUGGAAUCAUCUUUACAGAAAGCAGAACAGGAAAAACAAACCAAAGAUAAUCAGAUACGCACACUACAAGCUGAAAUGGCACAACAAGAUGAAACGAUUGGAAAAUUGAACAAAGAUAAGAAGAAUUUAGAAGAACAAAAUAAGCGUACACAAGAAGCAUUACAAGCUGAAGAAGAUAAAGUGAAUCAUUUGAAUAAACUGAAGGCGAAAUUGGAAUCAACUUUAGAUGAGAUGGAAGAGAAUUUAGCCCGUGAACAAAAGGUCAGAGGGGAUGUAGAAAAAGCUAAACGUAAAUUAGAAGGUGAUUUAAAAGCCACUCAAGAAACUGUGGAUGAUCUUGAACGUGUUAAACGUGAUUUAGAAGAACAAUUACGUCGUAAAGACGUUGAAAUCAGUGGAUUAAGUGGUAAAUUUGAAGAUGAACAAGGUUUGGUAGCUCAGUUGCAACGAAAGAUCAAGGAACUUCAAACACGUAUUCAAGAACUGGAAGAAGAUUUAGAAGCUGAACGUGCAGCUCGAUCAAAGGCAGAGAAAAGCCGACAACAGCUUGAAAGUGAAUUGGAAGAAGUUGUUGACCGACUUGAAGAACAAGAUGGUGUAACAGCAGCUCAGAGUGAUCUAACAAAGAAACGUGAAGCUGAAUUAAUGAAAUUGAAACGUGAUUUAGAAGAAACUCGACUACAGAAUGAACAAGCUAUUGCUGCAAUGCGUAAAAAGCAAAACGAUGCUGUCAGCGAAAUGGCUGACCAGUUAGAUCAAGCUAAUAAGGCCAAAGCCAAAGCUGAAAAAGAACGUAGUCAGUUCAAAGCUGAAUUGGAUGACGCUCAUAAUCAAAUGGAUGGUUUAAUGAAGGGAAAAUUAAAUGCUGAAAAGACUGUCAAAGCUUUAGAAGCUCAACUGCAAGAACUCUCAGCUAAAUUGGAUGAAGCUAAUCGUAAUCUAAAUGAACAAGUUUCAAAUAAGAGUCGUAGCAGCCAAGAAGUAUCAGAAUUACAAAGACAGUUAGAAGAAGCUGAAUCGCAAUUAAGUCAACUAGGUAAAAUCAAACAACAACUGAGUGCACAACUUGAAGAAGCUCGUCAUAGUUUAGAAGAUGAAAGUAGAAUGAAAGCUAAACUAAACGGUGAGGUGCGUAAUUUGAGCAGUGAUUUAGAUUCACUACGCGAAACUUUAGAAGAAGAGCAAUCUGCUAAAGCUGAUCUACAACGUCAAUUACAAAAGAUGCAAGGUGAAUUACAACAGUUACGUACACGUGGCGGUGGUGGUGAUGUUCGCUCUGAAGAAGUUGAAGAAUUAAAACGUAAAAUGAAUGCUAAAAUACAAGAGUUAGAAUCUGAAGCUGAAUCAGCUAAAUCAAAGUGUGGUCAGUUAGAAAAGACAAAAGCAAGACUUCAGGGUGAAUUAGAAGAUCUCAUGGUUGAUGUUGAACGAGCAAAUGGAUUAGCAAGUCAACUGGAGCGUAAACAAAACAACUUUAAUCGUACAUUGGCUGAAUGGCAAAAGAAAUAUGCUGAUUCUCAGGCUGAAUUAGAAAAUGCUCAACGUGAUGCUCGUGGUCAAUCAACAGAAAUCUUCCGGCUAAAAGCUCAACUCGAAGAAGUUCAUGAACAAAUGGAAGGGCUACGUAGAGAAAACAAAAACUUAAGUGAUGAAAUUCAUGAUCUUACUGAACAGCUGGGUGAAGGUGGACGUUCAGUACAUGAAAUUGAUAAGAAUAGAAGACGACUUGAAAUGGAGAAAGAGGAACUUCAAGCUGCAUUAGAAGAAGCUGAAAGUGCUCUUGAGCAAGAAGAAGCUAAAGUUCAACGUGCUCAACUUGAAAUGAGUCAGUUGCGUCAAGAAAUUGAUCGACGUCUAGCAGAGAAAGAAGAAGAAUUCGAGGCUACACGUAAAAAUCAUCAACGAGCUAUGGAAUCUCAACAGGCCAGUUUAGAAGCUGAAGCUAAGGGUAAAGCAGAAGCAAUGCGAGUUAAAAAGAAGCUUGAACAAGAUAUUAAUGAAUUGGAAGUUAGUUUGGAUGGUGCAAAUCGUGCUAGAGCCGAACAAGAGAAAAAUGUCAAGAAAUUCCAACAACAAGUACGUGAAUUACAAACACAACUAGAAGAUGAUCAGCGUCAACGUGAUGAUCUACGUGAACAGUUCCAAGCGGCUGAACGUCGUGCAACUGUAUUGGCCGGUGAACUAGAUGAAUUACGCAUUGCACUGGACCAAGCCGAACGUAGCAGAAAGAUUGCUGAAGCUGAAAGAGCCGAAGCUUCCGAUCGUGCCACAGAAAUGUCCACUCAGACAGCCUCACUCGCUGCACAAAAACGCAAGCUCGAAGCAGAUUUAGCUGCUAUGCAAGCUGACCUUGAAGAAGCUGCCAAUGAAGCGAAACAAGCUGAUGAACGAGCAAAGAAAGCAAUGGCUGAUAGUGCACGUGUAUUUGAAGAGAUUCGUCAAGAACAAGAACAUACACAACAUGUUGAAAAGGCCAGAAAGCAACUUGAAAUACAGGUCAAAGAACUUAUGGCUCGUUUAGAAGAUAGUGAAUCAGGAGCAAUGAAAAAUGGUCGCAAAGCAAUGGGAAAAUUAGAGCAACGUGUACGUGAAUUAGAAACUGAACUGGAAGCUGAACAACGUAGACAUGGUGAGACUCAGAAGAAUCUCAGAAAAGUUGAUAGACGAAUGAAAGAAAUCAGUUUACAAGGUGAAGAGGAUAAAAAGAGUCAUGAUCGUAUGCAAGAAUUAGUUGAAAAGUUACAAGGUAAAAUUAAAACAUACAAACGACAAGUUGAAGAAGCUGAAGAAAUUGCUGCCAUCAACUUGGCUAAAUAUCGUAAGAUACAACAUGAAAUUGAAGAUGCUGAAGAACGUGCUGAUCAAGCUGAACAAGCCUUACAAAAACUUAGAGCUAAAAAUCGUUCAUCUGUUUCAACUGCACGUGGUGUAAGUGUUGCACCAGCUGGUGGACCUGCUCAUGCAAAUCGUGCUCGUAAACCAACGGCUAGUUUGGCUCCUGAAGAAGAGUAACUGUGUUAAAUUAUAAUAUGAUCGACACAAUAUUAUAAUCUAAAAAAGACCUAAUUGAAUCACCUUCUGCAAUGCUUUCUACUAUUCACUAUACUUCUUGCAAAAGCCCACAUUGUUCAUUUUCCAGCUUCAUUUAGCUUAGAUACUGUACUCAGCAUACUCUGUUUGUGUGUGGAUUGUGUUGUUUUUAAAACUGAAAAGAAUUUUGUUGUAUUUCUAUGUUUUGAGUAUUGGAAGAAAAACAGGAAAAAAGUCAUGAAUACAUAUGCACACACACACACAUACACAUAUCUAUGGUUUCACUUCCUUUACCUUGAUCCUACACCCAAUUUACCUUCAAUAUCUGAAGGUUAUUUUUAUUUCCAGCGGUAGAUUCACAUUUUUAGAUGAGCAUCGUUUCUACUCCCUUCAAAAAACCAUCUAAUUGAUGGGUUUAGGCUCAUCAAAAAUCAUUUUCGCUAAUUUCGUGUCAUUUUUUCCGUUUAUGUCCUAAUUACUUGUUCAUAUACCUGAAUGAUAAGUUGUUGCUUCUUAAUGAUUGGCCAGCACAAGGGUUCAUAAUACACACCAUGCAUAAACGGCACACUUAACAAUCGAUCACACUGAAGGACAUCUACACCUAUCUAUUCGUUUAUCCACCUUUGAAAGCCUUCUCAAAUUAUGCACCAUACCCUAAUCUUUUUAUCAUUUAAAAUAUUAUAAAUAUUUUCAUUAUUCGCUUACCCAUGUAAUGUUCACUGCGUUACAUUUUUACCUGUUUUCGUUUGAUAAGUAUACAGUUUAACAACAAAAAUGACAAUAACAAAAGUAUAAUAGAAACAAUAUCCCCUUCCUAUCCUUUCUUCUUUUUAUUUUAUCUUUCCGACUAGUAUGUCUCAUUUAACUAUUACAAUUACAAAGUUAUUAGUGUGUUUUAACUAAUUAAAUAAUUAAAAUGUCAGUCAAUACCCCGUCUACUUUUCUUUCUGUGUGUUAUACACACAUUUGUUUAUGAUACUUCUACUUUGAAUCUUUUAUACCUUAUCCGUCUAUUCAUCUAUCUACAUGUUCUUUAUGUUCACCUAAUAUUAAUAUUACUUUACCUAGUUUACAAGUUUACACUAAGAAACAAACAAGUAAACAGUCCCAAAAAAAGAAAUAAAAUUUCUUUGUUAACUAGUUACUUCUUCAUUACUUAUUGAACAGUAAUAAUUUUGAUAAACAACUGAGAUAUUUCUCCAUUGCAUAGUUGUUUAUUUGAAAUAAUAACAGAUCUGUAUAGUCACUGAUAUGUUGCCCUGUCAUAAAGUGAUCUUUCUGACCCUAACAUAUGUAGCAUAUUGAAGUAGAUAGCUCAAGAUUUUGUGCCUCCAGUUGCAUAUUUCAGCAUUGUUAGUUUAAGAUUUUCCGUAAAUAUAUCUGCAUAUACGGGACUCAGUGAUUUGCUAAUGGCUAUUUUGUUAAUUUGAUGAGUUAAAAUCCUGUUAAGUUG